AUGGAAUUACAACAAUUGCUUGCCUUGACAUUUCGUAAUGCCGUAGAAUUGGAGCAAAAGUGCGAUGCAGAGCAAACUGCAGCGUAUCUUCGUACUUUGUCUCCGAAAAAGCUUGCUGCUUUUGGUUUAGCUGUAGUAAAUCUAACAGUUGCAAAUGUAAAGUCGGGCUGGGCUGGAGGAUCUUUAAUUGAAUUGCAGCCUGAUCCAGCUACCUCUAGCGGAACAGAUGAACUCCCCCUGUCCUCGAUGAGGGUCGGAGAUGUGGUGCAGUUGGAUUUGAUGGCAUCGCUGGAUGAAAGCCAAGAUUCUGCUGUCGAGGGAGUAAUAACCAAAGUUACCAAUAAAACGAUCAAUAUUCUAGUCAAGGACGGUGGCGAAGGCAUCAACGAUGAGAGAUUGGCCACGUAUUAUAAUAACACUGGAAGAGAUUCUACUCGUGUUUGGAUUGUCAAGGUCUCCCACACUGCCACAUACAAGCGUAUCUACCAAGCGCUACGGAAACUUGAGCAUUUGAGCGAUGGGAACAAAUCGGAAAUGCUUCGUCUACUUUUAGGUGAGAGUCGCUUUAGUCCAAAGUCCAGCCCUAAAACUGAGAUCAAGUUUUUCGAUGAGACUUUGAACGAGUCUCAGCGUAAUGCUAUAUCCUUUGCCAUUCACUCCUCGCCUGUAACGAUUAUACAUGGUCCUCCGGGAACAGGGAAGACGUAUACCCUCAUAGAGCUAAUCAAGCAGCUAAAGUUCAACCACAAGGAGAAGGUUUUGGUGUGUGGUGCAUCUAAUACUGCCGUAGAUAACAUUUUGGAAAGACUCUCUCUGACUUUCAACUCAGCAUCUACCGAUGCACCGAAGAAGAUCUCGAAACGCAAAGCUGUCGCUUCCAAAAAUCGUAAUCCAGAGAAACUUAUCAGAAUAGGUCAUCCCGCCAGGGUCUCGGCUGCCAACCUUCGCCAUUGUCUUUUUGUUCUAUCAAAAACAAGCUUUGAUGGCGAGGGAGGUGAUAGUCAGGAAGUUUUAGCAGACUUAGAGAAUGAUAUCAAGAACACUUUGGCAUCUAUCAAAACGUGUAAGCGUUACGGGGAGAGAAAGGUCCUAUACACAGAGUUGAAACAACUCAAAAGAGAACAAAGGGAUAGAGAAAAGAAAAUCACCCACGACUUGUUGCUGAACGCUGAGGUGGUUCUCUCGACUUUACAUGGCGCGGGAAGCAACGAACUCUACGAAAUGUAUAAGGAUCAAUCUCAUGGCGUCGACAACCCACUAUUUGAUACCAUUAUCAUAGACGAGGUAUCUCAAUCUUUAGAGCCGCAAUGCUGGAUACCAUUGGUGACGCAUCUCGGAUGCAAACGUUUGGUAAUUGCUGGAGACAACAAGCAAUUAUCGGCAACUGUAGAAUCGAGUGAAGAGGCUGCAAUACUUCGCAAAAAGGGUGCAAGCAUCGCAGAUCUUGAAAUUACACUAUUCGAUCGAUUGAUGGAUCACCAUAAUGGGGAUGAGUACCGGAAACUACUUAAUGUCCAGUACAGAAUGAAUCAGAAGAUUAUGGAAUUCCCGUCCAAGGAACUUUAUGAUAAUGAACUUAAAGCAAGCGAGACAGUAAGGGACAUUUUACUACUGGACUUGCCCGCUGUCAAAAACACAGAAGAAACGUCUGUACCUUGCAUCUGGUACGAUACCCAAGGGGGUGAUUUCCCUGAACAAUCCGUUGAUACAGAAGCAGCAGUAGCUAUUUUACAAGGAACCGGCUCAAAAUACAACGAACUUGAAGCUAUUGUUGUUCAACAACACAUAGAUAAGCUAGUGGCAGCUGGUGUUCCCCCCAGUUCGAUUGGAGUGAUUUCACCAUAUAGCGCGCAAGUGUCUACAUUAAAGAAGUUAUUAGCUCCAAAAUUUGACCAUCAAAUAGAAGUGUCAACAGUGGAUGGAUUUCAAGGCCGAGAGAACGAGGUGAUCAUAGUCUCGCUUGUACGAUCAAAUGAUGAUUACGUAAUUGGAUUCUUGAAUGAUCCAAGAAGACUCAAUGUUGCGAUGACACGGCCAAAAAGACAACUUUGCGUCGUGGGCGAUAUUGAAUUAUUGCAAAGGUGCGGAGUUAAGUUUUUACAAGAUUGGGCAAAGUAUGCGGAAGAUCACUUCGAAAUACAGUAUCCAGAUAUUACAGAUUAUUGA